AUGGGAACAACGGUGUGGUUUCUCCUGCUGCCGCUGGUGUCGGCGCAGACGGUCGGCAAGGGGCCGUGUCCCAGUCCUCCUGUCAAGCAAAACUUCAACGUCCUGCAGUUCCUGGGUCAGUGGUAUGAGAUCGAGAAGAUUCCCGUUACCUUUGAGGUGGAAACGUGUGUGACGAUCAUUUACGUCUUGAGGAAAGAUGGAAUGCUGCAGGUUUGGAAAACCUCUGAGAUCCAUGACCGCUGGCUGCAAAUUUUGGACGGGACGGCGAGUUUUCCUGACCUGAGGGAACACGCCAAACUCGCACUCCGAUUCUCCCAUCAACCCACUGAGAGCAACCACUGGGUUCUGACCACAGAUUAUUCAAACCUGUCCAUCAUGUAUUCUUGCACCAGCUUCCUCGACUUCUGGCACCUGGAGUACACCUGGAUUCUGAGCUGCUUCCGCACUCUGCCCUCAGAGACUUUGGAUUACGCCAAAGACCUGCUGAGAGAAACCGAAAUUGACACGUCCACCAUGAAGGCCACAGAUCAGACGAACUGUCUGGGUCACUAA